GCGGGACAGGCGGAUCGACUCAGCCGCGCUCACAGAUCGCCAUACUGGGAAACAGGGGUAGCUGUUCUGGGCGCUUGGUAUGUGCAGCCAGUCUGUGCAGCCAGUUUCUACCGGCAACCAAACACGCUGCAAUCAAUGGAUGCUGACCAGUCAGACUAACCCAUUGGAUGCAACCAAACUCACUGAUACCAGUGGAUGGUGACUUGCCUAACUGUGCUGAUAUAAUCAGUGGCUGUUGCCGGCUGAAUCAGAAUGGGUGACCAGCCGAUUUGGGAACAGAUAGGGUCCAGCUUCGUACAGCAUUACUACCAGUUGUUUGACACAGACAGGAGCCAACUCGGAGCAAUAUAUAUCGAUGCGUCAUGCCUUACAUGGGAGGGACAGCAAUUCCAGGGAAAAGCAGCGAUUGUCGAGAAGCUCUCUCUGUUGGCUCCUUUCCAAGGGUGCCAGCGUUCGGAGAGCACGUGCCAUUCAUUAGGGAAGUGGCCGCUGCGGCAUGCUGGGAAAAGGAGGAUCGUUUCGCUCGCAGUGUCCAGUAGCCCCAGCCUUCCCUUCUCGAAAAUCGCUCACAGCAUAACUGCACAGGACCACCAGCCCACUCCCGACAGCUGCAUACUAAGUAUGGUAGUAGGACAACUAAAAGCUGACGAGGACCCUGUCAUGGGAUUCCAUCAGGUCUUCCUCCUAAAAAACAUCAAUGACGCCUGGGUGUGCACCAAUGACAUGUUCCGGCUGGCGCUACACAACUUCGGCUAAAGGCACUAACGGGAGGUGGGAUACGGGGAGAAGGAGAAGGUCGCCCAAAGGCCCUUCUCUCACCCCGCCCCCCGUCCCACCCCCACUCCUCAUCAUCCCCCUCUUCCUCCAUGCAUACCUCUAUUGAGAAUCAACCUGCUCUACACCAGAUUCUAAAAACGCCAUUCGCCAUAACCCAACCAAUCAACAGAGAGAACUGACGCGCAGGCACGUGCAUCUAUUUGCGACUGGAAGUAUACGUAUGCGCAUACGCCCUUUGCUGAACCGCUGCAGCCGCCAGCAGGUCGAAGCCGACCCUGCGCUGUCAUACCCAAUGCUGGGGAUCCAGAAUAGCUGCAUUUGAAGACGCCAGGAGGGAAAAAAAACUUACCUUGCGUACCUUUGUGUCAUUUUAUGUUUUUCUUUGGUCCUGCAUUUUUGUUCUCCUAUCCUUAUGGUUCGGUUUUUUUCUCCUAGUUCAGUGUGUUGGUACCAGCAUGCCUUUGAGGAUACAGCAGUUUUUUUUCUCCUCUUUCUCAAGUCUGAUUUUCAGUGUAUUGGCAGUUUUCUCUAGCAAUCCAAAGAAUCAAACAUCAUCAAACCCCCCAACCCCACAAUCCCCUUACCCCUCUCCUCUUUGUCCCAGGAUUACUACUAAGCCACGAUACACAAUAAAAUCGACUUUUUCUUAA